AUUGCCAAGACGGAUAUACAACCGGCCUAUCUGGAAAUCAUGCAGCGAGCUUGGUCCGAAAAACCGGAUCACAGACCCACGUUCAACGAAAUGAAGGAGCACUUGAAGCUCAUGACGAUGGGGAAGAAAACGAACAUUGUUGAUCACAUGUUUAAAAUGAUGGAGAAGUACUCGACAGACCUGGAGGAACAAGUCAGUGCGCGUACCGCAGAGCUGGAGUCGGAGAAACGCAAAAAGGAAUAUCUCAUAGCUCGACUCCUUCCACCUGUGGUGGCUGAAUCACUGAAGUCUGGAAAUUCGGUUGCACCCGAAACCUUCGACGAGGUGUCCAUCUACUUUAGCGACAUUGUCGGAUUCACGACCAUCUCAGCUCUCUCAACUCCACUGCAAGUGGUUGGUCUGCUGAAUGACCUCUACACAAUGUUUGAUGCAACCAUUGAUAACUACGACGUCUACAAAGUAAGCAGUGCCUAA